AUGCAGAAAAAUGGAGGCAUUAUAGGGGAGCAAAAUGAAGGCAUUAUAGAGGAGCAAAAUGAAGGCAUUAUAGAGGAGCAAAAUGAAGGCAUUAUAGGGGAGCAAAAUGAAGGCAUUAUAGGGGAGCAAAAUGAAGGCAUUAGUGGGAAGCAAAAUGAAGGCAUUAUUGGGGAGCAAAAUAAAGGCAUUAUUGGGGAGCAAAAUGGAGGCAUUAGUGGGGAGCAAAAUGAAAGCAUUAUUGGGGAGCAAAAUGAAGGCAUUAUAGGGGUGCAAAAUGAAGGCAUUAUAGGGGAGCAAAAUGAAGGCAUUAGUGGGAAGCAAAAUGAAGGCAUUAGUGGGGAGCAAAAUGAAGGCAUUAGUGGGGAGCAAAAUGAAGGCAUUAGUGGGGAGAAAAAUGAAAGCAUUAGUGGGGAGAAAAAUGAAGGCAUUAUUGGGGAGCAAAAUGAAGGCAUUAUAGGGGAGAAAAAUGAAGGCAUUAUUGGGGAGCAAAAUGAAGGCAUUAUAGGGAAGAAAAAUGAAGGCAUUAUUGGAGAGAAAAAUGAAGGCAUUAGUGGGGAGCAAAAUGAAAGCAUUAUUGGGGAGCAAAAUGAAAGCAUUAUUGGGGAGCAAAAUGAAGGCAUUAUAGGGGAGAAAAAAAUGAAGGCAUUAUUGGAGAGAAAAAUGAAGGCAUUAUUGGGGAGAAAAAUGAAGGCAUUAUUGGCGAGCAAAAUGAAGGCAUUAGUGGGGAGCAAAAUGAAGGCAUUAGUGGGGAGCAAAAUGAAGGCAUUAGUGGGGAGCAAAAUGAAGGCAUUAUUGGGGAGCAAAAUGAAGGUAUUAUUGGGGAGCAAAAUGAAGGCAUUAGUGGGGAGCAAAAUGAAAGCAUUAGUGGGGAGCAAAAUGAAAGCAUUAGUGGGGAGCAAAAUGGAGGCAUUAUAG